AUGAACAAACCUAUCUAUGAAACAGAAACAGACUCAUGGACAAGGAAAACAGACUGGUGGUUGCCAAGGGUUGGAAUGUGAGGUUGGGGUUCGCAGAUGCAAACUAUUCCACUUAGAAUGGAUAAGCAAUGAGGUCCUGCUGUACAGCACAGGGAACAAUAUCCAAUCACUUGUGAUAGAAUAUGAUGGAAGAUAAGAAAAGGAAUGUAUCCAAAUGUAUGACUGGGUCACUUUGCUGUACAGCAGAAAUUGGCACAACACUGUAAAUCAACCAUACUUUAAUUAAAAAAUACAUGACAUUUAGGAUUAAAAAGAGGGGGCUUAUUGAGGGUAGGAUGUAGUGACAGGGCAGAGGGAGGAGUUCAGGAUGACUCUAGGCUUUGAGCUUUGCUACUGGGUGGACACUGGUUCCGCCCUCUGACUGUGAGUUGCAAUCAAAACGUGCAUGAAUGCACACACAGGUGCAUGCAGAUAUGCAAGACACUCAAGCACAUGCACAGAUAUGCCUGCACCUGCACACACCUGCAUACACACACCUGCAUGCACACAUGCAUAGCAUACCCAUGUUCAAUGCAUUGCACACAAUGCACACACCUGUAUACACAUCCAUACACACAAACCACUCAUAGAUUUCCCACUGCUCUGAUCACCGUCUCAAACACUUUAUAGUGUUUUCACAUUUCUUAGGCUUACCUUCCUCACCCUGCCAGACUAGGAGCUACGAAAGGCCAAGCACUUUGGUCUCCCUUGUUCACGGCUGUGCCCCCAAACCUAGAACAGUGCCUGGCACACAGGAGGUUCUCAAUAACUAUAUGGUAACCGUGCAGAUGACAAGGCCAGAAGGGAGGGCAGGGGCCUUCCUUCUCCCGCCUCCACCUGAGUCACAUCUUCAAGUGCCUCAGGAUGGUGUGAGAGAUCUUAUGAGUGAGAGUGAGAUGGGGCUGGGCCAGGGGUUUGGGGACAGGAAGAAGAGGGUGAGUGGGGAAAGGGGAGGGGCUGAGCCCCAGCUCUAAAGGCAGCCCCAGGGACCCACGGGCGCCUGUCUGCAGUGCGAGAAGCCCAGGAGGGUUGGGCAAUCGUGGUUUCCUCCCAGCCCACAGGACACAGCUUUGCCAGCCCAGCCCCAGGCAUCUUGGCCUCGUCCGCUCUGGCAUGGAGGAGACAGUCGUGCGGCCCUCCGUGUUCGUGGUGGAUGGACAGACGGACAUCCCAUUCACGAGGCUGGGGCGCAGCCGCCAGAGACAGCCCUGCAGCGCUGCCCGGCUAGGUCUGGGCUUCCUGCUACUGCUGCUGGCAGCCGGACUGGCCAUCCAGGGCUGGUUCCUGCUGCAGCUGCACUGGCGCCUGGAGGCCAUGGCCCACCCCCUGCAGGACAGAGGUGCAGGAUCCUGGGAGCAGCUGAUGCAAGGUGCCAACUCCAGCCUGACAGGGCGCGGGGGCCCGCUGCUGUGGGAGACGAAACUGGGCCUGGCCUUCUUGAGGGGCCUCACCUACCGGGAUGGUGCCCUGGUGAUCGCCCAGGCUGGCUACUAUUACAUCUACUCCAAAGUGCAGCUGGGCGGUGUGGGCUGCCCCCAGGGGCUGACCGGUGGCCUGCCCAUCACCCACGGACUCUACAAGCGCACAUCCCGCUACCCCGAGGAGCUGGAGCUGCUGCUCAGCCGGCGAUCGCCAUGUGGACGCGCAAACAACCCCCGCGUCUGGUGGGACAGCAGCUUCCUGGGCGGAGUGGUCCACUUGGAUGCCGGGGAGGAGGUGGUGGUUCGCGUGCCGGGGGAGCGCCUGGUCCAACUCCGCGAUGACACACGGUCCUACUUUGGAGCAUUCAUGGUGUGAAGGAAGGGGCAGUGGUGGAUUGAACAGGGGUCCGACGGGCACAGACCUCAGAGGGUCUGCCUGGGGAGGCAGAAGCCCCAGCAAGCAAAGAUUCUGAAGAAUCCCCAGGGAAACUGCAAAUUCAGCAGGUGCAGAGCUGAGCGGGGACCACGAGGGGCCAAACCCAGCUGACCCAAGAGGUUGAAGACCCAGCAGGCAUGUCCGAAGGACCAAAGGAAGCUGCAGACCCCUCCAGGAACAACACUGACCACAGACUCGGAGACUUGGGGGUCUGUUGGCCCCCCAAGCAGGGAUAAAGCUGAUCUGCCUGAUAUUCAGGAAGAAGGGGGUGGGGUGGGUAUUUAUACUUUUGAUGGGGGGGGAGAGUGGGACUUGGGGGGUCCAGGGACUUGGCCAAGAACAGGAAACUUAUCAUCCUUUCUACUCUUACAAGAGUGGGCAGAGUGGGAGGGUGGGUAGAUUUAUUCAUCCAGACUCACCCAUGUGGAAAGUCCAGCCCAGCCCAACCCCACCCAUAGUCAUAGUCACUGUAUCCAAGCCUCAUCCACCAGCUUGUGGCCACACCUCAGCCUGGCCGCGGAGUUGCACUCAGAGACACAGGCUCAGGGAUGUGCUGGUAAAUGGAGAGCUACAACCAGCUCCCCUGGGAGGGGAGAUGCUUUGUAGUGUUGGCCAAUUGCUAUGGUGUAAAUAUUCCCACUGUGGCUGAUUUCUGGCUUCCAUAUAUAUCACCAACUAGCUGGCCUAUCCCAGCACUGCUAAGCACUCAGGUACCACUAGGACACCACUGCUGUUUCGACACCCAAGCCAGAGCCUGGCACACAGGCACUUGAAAAAUGUUUGCAGAAAGAAAGAACAAGAGAGAGAGAGAGAAUGGGGGAGGAGAGAGAAAGGUAGAAAAGGAAGGAAGGAAGGAGAAAGAGAGAGAGAGAGAAAGAAAGAAAGAAAG